GCGUCAGUGGGCGGGGCCACCGCAGCUCCGGUCCAAAGCCAGAGGUUUGCAUAAGAAGGAGUGAAAGUUUAUAGAGAAGGAGAAGAAACAACUAACUGACUUUGGGCUUUGGUCUGUACACAGUGUUACUGCAGCCUACAGGAGGGACAAGAAAACUUCAACGAAAAUGCUGUCCACCCAGUGUCUGCCCUGCUGCACAGUCAUUCUCUUAUUGCUAUUCGAGCUGGCUCUUGCCCAGUACGAACACCUCGGCUACCCGCAGGGCUACCCUGACCCAGAACAGGAACACUACAUCGCCCCCCAGCUGUCGCCAGACACACCCAGGAUUCAGCUCCGAUUAGCGGGGGAUAAGAGGAAACACAACGAGGGUCGCGUGGAGGUUUUCUACAACAAUGAAUGGGGCACUGUAUGUGAUGACGACUUCACUAUCCAUGCCGCUCAGGUGGUGUGCAAGGAGCUGGGCUACCUGGAAGCCAUCUCAUGGUCACCAUCCUCGAAAUAUGGAAAAGGACAAGGACCCAUCUGGUUUGACAAUCUUCACUGCACUGGCAAGGAAAAGACCCUUGCGCUGUGUCCUUCCAAUGGGAUCGGUGUUUCAGACUGCAAACACAGUGAAGACGUGGGCGUGGUGUGCAGCGAUAAGAGAAUCCCGGGAUUUAAAUUUGUCAACACCCAGCCCAACCAUGUAGAGAACCUUGAUAUUCAAGUUGAGGACGUGCGCAUACGAGCCAUCCUGUCGUCGUACCGUAAGCGAAUCCCGGUAACAGAGGGCUAUGUGGAGGUCAAGGAUGGCGGUAAAUGGAAGCAGAUCUGUAACACCGAGUGGACCCAGCUUGACAGCAGAGUCAUCUGUGGCAUGUUUGGCUUCCCUGGGGAGAGGAAGUACAAUGCCAGAGUCUACAAGAUGUUUGCUCGCCGGAGAAAGCCCACGUACUGGGACUAUGCUGUUAAUUGCACUGGCAAUGAAGCCCAUCUUUCCAGCUGUAAACUGGGCCAGGCUUCAUCAACGAAAUUGAAUGGGACCUGUGCUGGAGGGUUGCCUGUGGUGGUGAGCUGCGUGCCUGGUAGAGACUUUGCCCCAACGUCCAUGACGGGAUUCAGGAAGGCCUUCAGACAAGAGCAACCGUUGGUCCGUCUUCGUGGUGGGGCCAUUGUAGGCGAAGGCCGAGUGGAGGUGUUGAAAAAUGGAGAGUGGGGCACCAUAUGUGAUGAUAACUGGAACCUGCUGUCUGCCACCGUGGUGUGUCGAGAGCUGGGCUUUGGUACGGCCAUAGAGGCCCUGUCUGGAGGCCGCCUGGGACAAGGAAUGGGCCCAGUGCAUAUGAAUGAGGUACAGUGCACUGGAUUUGAAAAGUCCAUCACAGAGUGUGCCUUCAACAAGGAGGCUCUUGGUUGCAGCCAUGAGGAGGAUGCAGCCAUCAGAUGCAACGUUCCUUCAAUGGGCUUCCAGGAGUCGCUGCGUCUGAGUGGAGGUCGUAACCCCUAUGAGGGUCGUGUGGAGGUGCUGGUGGAGAGGAAUGGUUCCCUGGUGUGGGGGACGGUGUGCAGUGAAAGCUGGGGAACCAUGGAGGCCAUGGUAGUCUGCAGACAGCUGGGCCUGGGCUUCGCCAGCAACGCUUUCCAGGAGACUUGGUAUUGGCCAGGAGAGGUGAGUGCCGACAAUGUGGUGAUGAGUGGUGUUCGCUGCUCUGGUACUGAGAUGUCUCUGUCCCACUGCCUGCACCACGGAGCCCACCUCAGCUGUGCUAAAGGAGGCGGACGCAACGCUGCCGGAGUCUCCUGCUCUGAGACGGCUCCUGACCUGGUGUUGAACCCUCAGGUGGUGGAGCAGACCACCUACAUGGAAGACAGGCCUAUGUUCAUGCUGCAAUGUGCCCACGAGGAGGACUGUCUGUCAUCCACCGCCAACCAGGUGCCGGCCAACUCCUACCGCCGCCUGUUGCGCUUCUCUUCCCAGAUCCACAACAACGGCCAGUCUGACUUCCGGCCCAAAGCUGGCAGACACUCCUGGGUGUGGCAUGACUGUCACAGGCAUUAUCACAGCAUGGAGGUGUUUACCCUAUAUGACCUGUUCUCCCUCAAUGGAACCAAAGUGGCAGAAGGACACAAAGCAAGUUUUUGCCUGGAGGACUCAGAGUGUGAUGAGGGUAUUGAAAAGAGAUAUGAAUGUGCUAACUUUGGAGAUCAAGGCAUCACUGUGGGCUGCUGGGAUACCUACAGGCAUGACAUUGACUGCCAGUGGAUCGACAUAACUGAUAUCAAACCUGGAGAUUACAUAUUCCAGAUAAUAAUUAAUCCAAACUAUGAGGUACCUGAGUCAGACUACACCAAUAACAUCCUGAAAUGCAGAUGUCGAUAUGAUGGCCAUCGUGUCUGGAUGUACAGCUGCCAUAAUGGUGGCUCAUUAAGUACUGAAACAGAACAGACGUUCCCAGGCCUUCUCAACAACCAGGUGACCCACAGGUAAAGACAAAGCAGAGGAGAGGAGUCAACUGGCCGAUCCCCUGCCACCCCCCACCUCGACACCAUCUGAAGCCUACCAACCACCACUCAUCUCCAUCUGUGCUGGAUUCCACUUGCCAGCCCUGCUUUAGUACAAACCAGCUAUUCAACCCCCACCCUCCUUUCCCACCCAGCUGAAAUAAUAUAUGUUUGCCCCUACUGUCCAAAAAGUGGCAGCUACAGCCUUACCAACACUUCCAACUUCACUGGUUAAGAUCAAGAGAAUGUGUAGCACUUUAACAGAACCCUGCUGCAACACUUUUUGUUCAAAGCUCAUUCUGGAGAGGUUGCAUGUCAGUGCCAGGUCGCCUGAGGAUUGAGAGGAAUCAUCAAAAAUAACAGCGGUGGUUUGUCUUUGGAAAUAAAUGCAGUAUUAUUUCACUUUUUUUGGAGUUUCAUAUAGGGCCUUUUACACACUAAAGUUCACCUACUGUACACUGAGGUUGUUGCACAGGCCAACCGAGCAUUUAUUUUGCAUGUCUGUUAUUUAAGAUGAAGUUUCACUUCAUCAUCUUCAUCGAGGAUUUUAUGCAAAUAAAGCUGUGGCAAAAGCAAGUUCUCAAAAAGCCCAUUUAUCCCAAAUUACAAGUGCUAGUUGCCCGAUUCAACCGUAAAACUAAUCCAGCAAGGCUGAAAUAUUACAUGGUGAUCCUCAAAGUGCCCCAAAGCAUUCUUUAAUGUAACUGGGGCAUAUAUUCUUUGAAAUUGCUCUGGAAACUACUUGGACAGCAUAAAGUCUGAAUUAGGUGAGUUUUAGUACAAUCCUUUGAGGGCAUUGGUGUCGCAAAGUAGUCCAGAAUUUAUUAUUGAAAAGGAUUUGUGAAAGAUUUGCAGAUUGCAUUGCCAUUGUUUAACCAGCACUGUUAUUUUGCACAUUAAACAAUAAAGAGAAAUUAGAGCCAAUCUGCAGAAGCUAUGACUGCGGUAAACUCCCCAGGAAGCUACCAACUAGCCCUAAGACUAUUGUCACUACAUCAAUAAACUUCUAGAAAAUGUCUCAAAGAUGCACUAAUCCAUUUUGCUGUACCACUUUCUGGUAUGACCAGGCCUUAAAGCAGUAACACCACUGUUCUAUCACAGGCUAGUAGCCAGUAGUUGUAUGCUAGCACAACUAGCCUCAACUUCAGCUUGCCUGUAUCCAAAGGCAACUUCUAGGAAAGCUUUUCAAAGUGUAGCGUAUGACUUUGGCACAAUUUGGAAAUGUGUGAUUGAAAAUCUUUUAGAUAGCCCAAAGCUACACUUCCUAUACUCCCAGGAACUCCUCUCCCCACACGCGUUCCACACUAUACAUCCGUGGUUCCACAUCGCUGUCUUCCAGCAAGUCACUUUGCAGGAUUUCAGAAUGAGACUUCACCAUCUUCCCAUAAUGUAGUCACCACUUAUAAUAACAAUCAGAGUGUUGGUGGCAAAAACAACCAUUUUUAGUGGACGUACAGCCCGGGUCACGGCGGCCAGUUACAGCAUUCUCGCUCAAUACUGGACCAAUUUCAAAGAUUUUGUUCACAUUAGACUCAAGUCAAAGGUCUGUGUUGAAAAAAUACCAAAAUUCCACUUUAAUACACUUUAGUCUACUGUAUAUGUCACUUAAGUGUUUCUUAAGUCUCAGACAGUGGCAUUAGGAUCAUAGGACUGUUCUACGGGAACAUGCUUUCAAAUAACGGAAGGUUUCAGCGAUUACCUCACUGCCUUAUAUGUGGCUUUUACAAGGAAACAGAAGAGCACAGAUGAGAGAAAUCUCAUGAAUAACAUUUCCCCCAUGUUAGAGUUGCAGAUAAUAAUUAUAUACUGUUACUAAAGUUAGUUUUUAAAAAGUUUUAUUCCUUUACAAAAAUAUGUUAUGUACAAUAUUAUUUGUGAAUCCUAUUUUAUUGUAGUAUGUUUUAUAAUGGUGCUAUCAAACUGGUCCUCUGUUUUCUGAGGGUACAGUACAUGUUGAACAGCUACAUUACGUAUACUAACAGUAUACUUGAACUGAGUGUAAGGAACAAUUUGCUUUGUGGGUUAAACUAUAAUAAAUGUCUGAGUUAAGGAGCAACCAAA